AUAAAUAAUUUUCGUAACGUUGUAAAACAUCGCGAACAAUAUACUUUUACCCAAUGUAGAGAGUGCUUAAAAUGAAUGUAAAUAAUCACAGGGUAUGAAAAUCAAUUGAUCUAAAGCGUUUGGUGCAUGAAUAACCAGCUGACAGCGGGUGAAAAUGCCUGGACUCGCUUGGCAGUUUCGUUCUCCUAACAUUUCGUUGACAUAAUAUCAAAUGUUUUAAGUGAUUUUCAUCAUAAAAUUAAAAUAUUUAUUUGAUUCUUGGGGAAUUCGCUUACGAAAACGUAAAAUUUCGAGUGAAUUUUGGGCGUAUGAGCAUUGGGCGUGCUCUGACUUAUAAGCACACACCUUGUUGAGUAGUGAUCAUUCAUAAAUUUGAAAACCGAAGAACUAUAAAUAUAGUCCAAUGGAUAUAUAAACUGUGCAUUUCAAUUUUGGAAAUAAAAGGAUAGUGAAAUGAAGUGUAAUCAGUGUACCCUAUUGUAAAUAGUGUUAGAUCAUUGUUAUUAUUGCAUACCUAACUACUUAUUAUUGGGCACCAGGAUGUCGACGACGGCUUUCGUUGAUAGAAUUGAUCCUUUUGCAAAACGGUCCCUCAAAAAGAAGACCAAAAAGUCACAAGGCAGUUCUAGGUAUCGCAAUUCUCAAGAUGUGGAGCUUCAGCCUCUGCCUCUUCUCAAAGAUGUGCCAGCUUCUGAACAGGAGGACUUGUUUAUGCGAAAACUCAGACAGUGCUGUGUGGCUUUCGAUUUCAUGGAUCCAGUUGCAGAUCUGAAAGGGAAAGAAGUGAAAAGAUGUACUCUCAAUGAACUAGUUGAUUACAUCACUGGAGGUAGAGGGGUCCUUACUGAACCUGUCUAUCCAGAAAUCAUCAAAAUGAUAUCCGCAAAUCUCUUUCGGACAUUGCCUCCAAGUGAAAACCCAGACUUUGAUCCUGAAGAAGAUGACCCAACACUGGAGGCAAGUUGGCCCCACCUUCAGCUGGUUUAUGAGUUUUUCUUGAGAUUCUUGGAGAGCUCGGACUUCCAGCCUACAAUUGGAAAACGGGUGAUCGACCAGAAGUUUGUACUCCAAUUACUUGAGUUAUUCGAUUCCGAAGAUCCUAGAGAACGCGACUUCCUCAAAACUGUUCUGCAUCGCAUAUAUGGAAAAUUUCUAGGUCUCAGAGCCUUCAUCCGAAAACAGAUUAACAAUAUUUUUUUGAGGUUUGUGUAUGAGACUGAACAUUUCAACGGUGUGGGAGAGCUCCUGGAAAUCCUAGGUUCCAUUAUAAAUGGUUUCGCACUGCCUUUGAAGGCUGAACACAAACAGUUCCUCGUGAAGGUACUCAUCCCUUUGCAUAAGGUCAAGUGCCUAUCUCUGUAUCAUGCGCAGCUAGCCUAUUGCGUCGUUCAGUUCUUGGAAAAGGACCCCAAUUUGACCGAACCCGUUGUUAGAGGAUUGCUCAAAUAUUGGCCCAAGACAUGUAGUCAGAAGGAGGUGAUGUUUCUAGGAGAGAUUGAGGAAGUUCUGGAUGUCAUAGAACCUUCCCAAUUCACAAGAAUUCAGGAACCCUUAUUCAGGCAGAUAUCUAAGUGUGUUUCCAGUCCACAUUUCCAGGUUGCAGAGCGGGCUUUGUACUUCUGGAACAACGAGUAUAUAAUGUCUCUGAUGGAGGAGAACAACAAUGUUAUCAUGCCAAUUAUGUUUCCAGCGCUUUAUCGAAUAUCUAAGGAACAUUGGAACCAAACCAUAGUCGCACUUGUUUACAAUGUGCUCAAAACAUUCAUGGAAAUGAAUUCGAAAUUAUUUGAUGAACUAACGGUCAGUUACAAGGCAGAAAGACAAAAAGAGAAGAAACGUGAGAAAGAACGUGAUGAGUUGUGGAAGAAGCUGGCUGAGCUGGAAAUAUCUCAUAAGAGUCCUUCUGCUCUUCAACAUAACAGUAACCCCUCCAGUAAAAAGUGAUGAAGUAGUUGUGAGUCCAGCGUCGCCUGUCUGUCACGCUAACCACUUUUCCGGUAAGUAAGACACUGCGCAGGUGACAAGUUUCCCCUUCAGCGUCUCAAAAAGGAGCCAAGCUUCACAUCGCAAGGCUAAAUGACCUUGGUCUCCACGUCAGUUACGUUUGCAGUUUUUGCACUGUUCAUGUGUUGAACUAUUCAUGUAGCAUAUUUUUAAGUUACUAAAACUGCUAGUCUAUUUUUUUGUGAACUGUACAUAUGGAUAUCGAUUUAAUGAGAGUUUGUUUUUGUAAAAUUUUACCACAUUAAAGUAAUAGAUCGACUCAAUGUUUCUGAAUAUCUGCACUAAGUUUUAGUUCAGUGACUGUAAGUUUGUAUUGAACUUUAUUGAUGUAGUCGAAGCACAAAACAUUUUAGCCUUCAGAAAAUUUUUCUUUAGGAAUGGUAGUCCGAGUUAUCGUUUGAUUGAUUAAAUAAAUUCAUAGAGAUAUUAAUAAAAGUCUGUAAACAUAAUAGUGCAUCUUGAAAUAUAUAUUCUAUAAUAAUUAUUAUUAUAAUGACAUCAUGUUAGAUGCCUGGCAAUAUUUAGAAAAAAUAUAUAUUUUUUCUUUAUGAGUGGAAUAUAUUUUCAUGGGUAACAUACUAAAUUACCCAUGGGCAAUGAAAACAGCAGAUAAUGAUCGAAUGAAGUCCAUUCAUAUUCUGUAUUUCGUUUCAGAAUUUUCACUUUUACAUUAUGCGAAAAUGUUAGAUUUUCUUGGAGGAUCCUACAUUGUCCAAAGAAGGUCUUCUGGAAUAAACAAAAAAAAAUACUGGGUGGUCCACUGAAAACUAUCCACCGUUGAUAACUUCCAGACAAAUGAUUUCAGAGAAAACUGCCGGGACUGACUGGAAUGAAAUAUCACAUACUUCAGCACCCUACUUCCCUUUGUAAGUUAAAUAUGGAAGAGGAGUCGUGUCAUACAUCAUUGUAAACGUAAUUCAAUUCUGACACCAGCACUGCAAGGUUUUGACCGGUUGGACUGGUUCAGUUUUUUUAUUAUUUCUUUCUUUCACAUAAUCAGAUCCACAAAAAUAGAGCUUGUAGAGGAUCCAAUAUUCCAUUGAUUAGUAUCCUGAUUUUUCUAAAUGUGAUACAAUUACUUAUAAGUAAGUAAUUCAAUAACUACCCCGUACUCAAUACAUAAAAAGUAAUUAGAGAAAUAUGAAAAAAAAAAAUAAAAUGUAGAGCUGUACGAUGAAUUGUUAUUCAUCAUACAGGGCGUGGAAAUAAAUUCUGAAUUGAGAAAACCCAAUCAAAAAAUAAGUCACGAAAUAUUACACAUAGAACAACUUAUUACAACACACAUUGUCAUUUCAGGUCGUUAUUUAGAAAAAAAUCAAAAUGUUAAUGAAUACCAUGUAGGUACAAAAUGGAUUAUCAAUGACUCCCAGGCAGUAAUAGAACCUGUUUUCUUCAGGAAAACAGUUCUCUUACAAUUACCUGACAUUUCCUCAUCAAUAUCAUUUCCAAAUUGUUUAGUUCAAUUGGUUGAGUUUUAUAUGUAACUGAUUUCGAAUUAGCCCAUAGAAAAAAAACAUUCCGUGUCAAGUCCGGUGAGCAAGCUAGCCAUUUUCUCAUCUUUAGUUUGAAAUGGGGUGGUGUUCAUGCAACUUGUUGGGAAGAACGAUUAUCUGUCAGUAGAUUUGGAUUGCCAUUAUCGUUGUGGCGCAUUCACCAUCAUCUAUAAUGAGUAGUUUUUUUUGCAAAAUAAAUCAUACCAUCUCAAUUACUCUAGAUAACUCGGUCCAAAUCAACGAUUGAAAAUGGAGAAUUAAUAAUAAAUGCAAAGCUAGCACCAGCAAUUCAUCGAACAUUAUAGGCAUUUCCUAUAGAUAGAUAUCCUAGAGAUAAAACAAAAUAAUAAGUUCAAGAUGCAGAAAAAAAUUAUAAAUAGUUCCUGUCUGGAAGUUCAUGGAGGUCAUUUUCCAUAACUCAUUUCCUACAUAUUCUCUCAUAAUUCAAAAAACUAUCAAUUGAACUCGAAUGAAUCGAGAACGCCUUGAUCAAAUUUAAAAAAUCUUGAAUUGCUGGUGUCCGCAUUGUGUUAGCUCUACAAUGUUGCAUGACACGAGUCGUAUUCCCUAUUGAAUCAACAUAGGAGAUUGUUCUGGGGAGUAUGGGGAUGAGUUUGUGAUAACGCUUUCAUGUUGAAUGGUGUCACUGUUCAAACAAACUUUGACGUGUCUACUUGAUGGUCAUCAGUGAACCACCCGGUAUAUUUUAUAGUGUACCCCAUUUACGACUGAAGCGCCCUUAUGGAAAUUACACACACUACAACCAAUGUUAUGAUAAGCUGUUAUUUCAUAUUAUUUUGACGUUGAUGAAUAUUAGUCAAUGAAUUUUGAGAUCAUGCUUAUUGAUGACCUCUAAAUCCAGUGGUAGGAUCAAAAUUUCUCAAAAAAUCGCUUACGAUAUUGGACCGUUUUUGACAUGUGAAAAUAUUGUAGCAUGCACUGGAAACUGAUUUUUUUUGAGUUUCUGGUGCUCUUGCUGCUGAAAUCGAUUGUAAAAUCACACUGUAUAUCACGAACAAACAAAACAAUGAUUUGGAAGUUUCAGUAACCGAGAUAAAAAAGUUUGUGGUACAAUUUGUUUGUGCUAGCAACUAGGAACAGAAAUUGGAAACUUAAAAGGGGGAACAAGUUUUUAACAAAAAGACUUAUUCACUGAUGUUGAAAGAGCUGUAGACUAUCAAUAGACUGAAAAAUGUGAAACACAAAUAUGGUGAAAACGUUAUUCGGAAUUCAGCUGACCUUUUGAUACUGCACCAACAUUAUUCAUGCUUCAAAUUUUUUCCCCUAUAUUUUCAAAUAUAUUACAUAUCGAGAUGGAUAACAUCUCAUUGCUGUAAAUCUCAAGACAGUAAUUGAACUUUUCAGCUUAGAAAGUAUAAUAUUUUAUCAACAAGCAUUUUGAUCCAUUUGCAAUGUUUGUUGUCCCUAACCUAACACAAAGGCACAAUUCAACGUCGAGGCUUUUUGAUGAUGAUUGGUAAUGAAUGUGAGCUAAUUUCGUACCUUCAAAUAAAUGAACAAAGAUUGACAUCUGAUAUUAAAGGUCAUAUCAUACUAGUGCCAGAAGAGCCAGAUUUUUUCCUCGAAUGUUUACAUGGAAUGAAAUUAAUACCAUUUUCUACUCGUGGCAGUAGCUCGAACUUUCUCCGCACAAUGUUUUUAACACAUUGAGUGUAUAAUUUCAGUCCAGUAAAAACUGGUAAAGGUAUACAUUUUACUGCCUCUUGUCUAAGAAUAACCUAUCAAAAAUUAAAUGCUUAAUUUAGAACGCCUAUUUUUAUAGUAUUGCCUUGAGACCCUAGAGUACCUUGUUGGUGAUGUGAUAGUUUUGGUAUUAUAUAGAGUAGUCACCAGUGGCUUUAGCACUACCAGCGCCCUGGCCGAGAUUUCGACGGCGCUCCCUUACUGCAAUUCAAUUCCACACGAGGCAAUGGGUAUGAUGAAAUGAGAAUUCAUUUAAAAAAAUGACCAUUCAUUUAAAAAAAAAGGAAUUUCACUUUUCUAGUCUCUUUAUUGGCGAACUCUCUUAUUGUGUUAUCAAAGUCGAUGUAUUCAUCAAUUUCAUUUUCGAUUGACAAACUUGGCAACUAGAUCAACAUAUUGUCGAUCGCAGAUAGGUUUUUAUCAGCUUGAGCUUAGAAAAACUCCUUUUCCCACUAGCAACCGUUACGGUUAUAUAUAGUCAAUAAUAUUCGCAAUGCUAUCCAUUCGUUUGUAACCACAGUCGGGAAUAGUAUAUUGUUGUACGAGCACGGAAUGAUGUGAUUUCCCACGAGAAUUAAGAGGCGAAUGCUGCAAUCAUUCCAGUUGAAAAUUAUACAGUUAUACACUUUAAAUUUUCUACAGCUGUUGUAAGAGAUAACAGCGACAUUUGAUUUCCUCUCAAGGAAUACUCAUCUAUUAGACAGAGCUGUCAUUUCUUGAAAUUUGACAUUCCGUGGGCGAUAAGAUUUUUUUGAAAUAAUUACACAAUGGAGUCAUUGUGAUACCAGAUACGGAAAUAAAAUUGAUGUCAUGCAAAGUACCUCAAUGAUGUAUCGAACACAGUAAAACAAGAGCCGUUUUGUGUUAUAGCCGUAGAAAAAAGAUUUCAGGCUUAGGUGAGUUCAUCACACAACAUACAACCAUCUAUAUCUGAUUGAGAGUCAACAGUUGAUUUUAAUUGGAGAUCACUUUGUCGAAGGUCGGGUUCUUUCGGAAUCUGUUUUAUAUUGUAUAAAAAAGACCAAGAUUCUGAGUACUCAUUUAGCUGUUAGCUUUUAGAGCUUGUAUUUCUAUAUUCUAACAAGAAAGUGCAGCAUAUUUUCAGCAUUUCUGUGCAUUUACUAAGAUCCACCAACGACAUUAAUUUGAAAAAUUUUGGGGAAUUUACGAGUAAGUAGGCCUCGCUCAAUGAGCGAGAAGAUAAAAAGGAGCGCCCUACCCUAAAGCCGUUGCCGCUACUGGUAGUUAUUUUGACAAACAAUGGUAGAAAAUAAAAACAAAAUCUUCACAUGAAAAUCAUUUUGAAACAAAUCAUCUGUGUUUG